AAGGACCUGCAGCGAGCCAAAUGCAGUUUUAAUGAAGCAGUCAUCAUUAGAAGAUAGUCGCCAAAGCGACCCUGUGCAACAUUAUGAUAAUGCAGGUGUAAUGAAGAAGUCCUUAGUAGAAGAUAGAGCGCAAAAAAGGUUCCGGGGUGAGCCUAUGCAACGAUAUAAUAAUGCAGUUGUGAUGAAGCAAUCUUCAUCAGAAGAGAGGCCCACAAAAAGUUCUGAUCUUUCUUCUGAUGCAUCCUCUCAUAGCCGUCAACCUAGACCAUUCCUUUCAUCAAACAGUAAAUAUCUCAAGGUUGUACUUUAUAAAAGACAUGGUAUUGCUGCUUUAAGAUCUUCUCAGAAGAAGCGCAAGCUCACCCUGAGUAUCUCCAGAUACUCGCCGGUGAUGAUUGAGGGCUCAGGCGAGCUCCCCUUCGCCAUUCCCGGCGAUGACCGGAGAAAGGGAACGACGAAAUUUGCUUGA